ACUAUUAUAAAUUCUUCCUUUCUUUGAACAAAUUUCAUCUCAUUUGUAUUACGUACUCUCUCUGUGAAUUUCUGCUGUCUACGGAAAUCCUAAUAAUCCAACAGUCAAACUUACUGCAAUUUUCUUGAAUGGAGACUCCAUCAUCAACAAGAAGAGUGACUAGAUCACAAGCCUUGGCUCUUGCCAACAGUGCAAAUAAGAUCCCUGUCUCAACAACUAAGAAAAAUGAAGAAUCUGGAAAGAAAACAGUGGCAAAAUCAAGACAAAGAACUGGGAAACAAUCAGCUUUAAUCGAUAUAACGAAUGAUUCCCCUAUUGUUGGUCUUGCUAUGGGUAAUUUGGAAACCCCAUCAUCAGAAAUGUCCAAGAAAAGGACUAAUAUUCAAGGCAAACACUUGAAUACUCCUGGAUCUGGUGAGGCAUUAUUGAGAGGCCAAGUUAAGACUUUGUUGCAAAAAGUUGAAGAAGAAGCCGUGCUCUCGAAAAUUUCACUUGAAAAUAGGCCUUUCCUUCAUCUCAAAGGCAUUGUUAAUUCUCCUAUGGGUCUUCUUGCCCCAACUCCUGCAAAUACACCUAUGAUGGAUCUGUCUGUUAAUGAGUUGCCUGUUGUCACUGCAUCCCCUGUUGAAGACAAGUUUGUCAUUUCUCAGAUAAUCAAUGAGAUGUUUGAAGGGGAAAAGCAGGGGAAUCUUGAAUCUGAUAAGAGUUACGUUACAAGAUCUCUGCUUAUGGAUUUUUAUGAUAAGUCAGAAGGGUCAGAAUCAUCAUCAGUGUGUUCCUCAGUGCUGACAUGCCAAGGAGCAGAGAUUGAAAGUAAAGAGAAGACACCUUCAGAUGAUGAUAACGCGUCUAUGUGGUCAAUUCAAGUGAAUGCUAGUACUAAAGAUGACGAGGAAGAAGAAGUACUUGAUGAUGAAGACGAAGAAUAUGAUGACAACUAUGAUGAAAUUGAAGAAGAUGGAGGAGAUGCUGUUGAUGAACUUUGUGAAGCAAUUAGCAAGAUUGAUGUGAAUGAAGGACAGAAAAAAGUGAUGGCGAAAUUUGAGGGAAAGCAUACGCGUUUUGUGUACAACAGUGAUGAUGAGUUAGAAAGAGCUGAAGAGAGCAGUGUUGAGACUGAAUCAUCACCAGGUGUUUUGCACUUGAAGGGAUUGCCAACUCCAAAAGGGAAGCAUCUUCGCUUCCCCGAAGAAACUGAAGAACACACUGACUGAUGAAAUUUUAGCUUUGUAUUUUGCUGUUUUGGUUAUUGACAGACACCUACUUGCUCUGUGGUGUUAUACUACUCAUGAAUAUUUUGUUCUUUUAGUUCUCUAUCGUGUUGCUGCUAUGCUGUACUAUUCUUUUGGUUCAUAUCUGAUUUGGACCAUUGAAAGUUAGCUGUCAAAUUGAAGUAAUUCAAAAUCAUCUCUUUCCAAA